AUGGCGCUCUCUAAAGUUACCGACACGUUUGCAGAACUACCCUUGAGUGUGAAGGUUAUUGGUGGGACUGCAGUUGCUGGGACAUUUUUCUUAACUGUCUGGAGGAGGCUCAGUGUCCGGAAAUCCGAAAGGAAGGUGUACCCCCCAGAUACCAUUGUUAUCUGUCAGAUAGGUCGAGGGCCACAUGUUCCUAGUUUAUCGAAUUUUGCAAUUAAGAUUGAGACCUACUUACGUUUGGAAGGCAUACCAUAUCAGGUUGAACAUAACAAGUUUAGGAGAAGCAAGAAAACAGGAAAAAUACCAUUUAUAGAGUACAACGGAGAGGAGGUGUCCGAUACUGAGUUUAUUCUCGAGUUCCUCAGUAAGAAGAAGCGCUUUGACCUUUACAGAGGUCUCACAUCAGAACAGAUUGCAGUCGGCAGGGCUUUCCAGAAAAUGAUAGAGGAAAAUUCGUAUUGGUGCGUUUUGACUGAGAGAUGGGUCCAUGAAAAAAGUUAUGCUAUACAGAAGGCGAUUGGUGUUCCUCGUUAUCUAUGGGGUACAUUACAAAGGCAAAUGAAGAAAAUGGUAUAUGUCCAAGGAAUGGGACGCCACACACCAGAAGAGAUACGUUACAUCUUCUCAGAAGAUCUUAAGGCCCUGUCUACUUACAUUGGAUCAAAGAAAUUUCUUUUUGGAGAGGAAGCGUGCAAAUUUGACUGUGCUAUUUUUGGACUUCUAGCUAACAUAUAUUGGGCGCCGUUCGAUGGAUUAGUAUCGUCUGUUAUCAAAGAAUAUCCUAACUUGUGUGAAUACUGUGAACGAAUGAAGGAAGCUUUCUGGCCUGACUGGGAGGAGAUGAUACAGAAAGACUGUACCAGGUAG